AUGGCUGUGGACUUUGAGGACCCCAAGAGUGGUUUCCGUCACUGGGAAGUGGUUCUGUUCAUCAAUGAAGAGGUAACAAGGAAUGGCGGUGGCCCUGGCUUCUACCUGACCUUCAUUUCACGGCCCUGGAAGGAUAUCGAAGAUGGCCUGAAGUCUAUCGUGGCUGAUGCCCACGUACCGUGCACAGUCAAGCGGGCAUGCGCCUGGAGUGCUCUGGCCCUAGGAGUGAGGGUGGCUACCAGGCAACGAGAAAAGCAGACGCGAAGAGUUCAACAGCUGAACGGUCAGGUCAAAGAGCAUGAGGCAGCCACGUGGACUUUGGCAACAGACCUCCAAAGGCUGCGUGAUGAACGCGACGAAGUGAUCUCCGAGCUUCAAAGUGCAAGAGACAACUUGAAGCAAGUACUACGGGAGCGUAAUAUGCUGCAGAGGAGACUAGUUGAGUUUAAGCUCUCCGAGCAGCAACUCCUUGCUGAGUCACAAGAUGCUGAUUAUCCAGGUACUCCGCCAUGGCCUUCAUUUGUCAAAAAACCUACAGAAGCUGUUGAUCCAGGCUUGCAGAAUGGGCAGUAUGCAGCGUCCCGGAAGAAAGCACAAAUGGCAUCUACCAAAGGUUUACCAAGAUCCCCUCCCUAG